UUUGUUCCGUCACCCAAGAUUGGGAGCAGCCGGCAGCGGAAAAUCGAGGCGGUGGUCAGGGGUGUGGCGGCCGGAUCCGAACAGAUCUAAUGUCUCCCCUUCUUAUUUUUUCCCGUCACCCAAGAUUGGGAGCACCGGAAAACCGAGGCAGUGGUCGGAGGUGUGUGGCGGCCGGAUCCGGACAGGUCUAAUGUAGUAUAAUCUCCAUCACCUCCGCCCAUUUAAUUUUUCUUUUUUCCCAAAGCUUCCCAUAUUUGUUCAUAGUUCUAACUAUAAAUUUCCCAGAUUUCCCCAAUUCCUCAAUUUAAUUUUGUGUAAGAAAGUUAAUUUUUGUGGUAAUAAUGGUUGAAGGAGAUGUAUGAGGGUUCACAGAAGGAAGUGAGGAUUGAGGAUCGGAAGAGAGUAGGCAUAAGGGUAAUAUGGGAAAGUCAAAGACAAUUUCAACUUUUCUUAAAGUGCGUGCCGGGUCAAACCGGGAACUUCUUUUUUGGACGGAGGGAGUAUAUUACUCAUCCGUCUCGAUUUUUUUGGACAGUUUGACUUUUUUGUAUAUCUCACUAUUUGCGUCUCAUGCAAUACUUCUUUUGUUUGAUAUUUAAGUUCUCGAUUAGACUUUAAAGAAGUUUUAGAACGAGUUGAGUGAGUAAACAAAAUGGAUCCUUCGAUAAUUAAUGCGGCAUCAUUUUCGGCGCCCAAUCCGACGUCGUACAGCUUGGCGGAGAUAUGGCCGUGCUUGGCCGUGGCGGGGAGUACCGGCGGCGGCGACAACCCAGUGGGAGGCGGGAUGGGGCUGAGGAUGUGCUCGUUUCCUGGAUUCGCGGAAGCGGCGGCCGCCGCCAAUUCCGUCGACGAAUCGACUGUGACCGAGCAGAGCGGCAGCGGGGGGAAUGCCUGCGGUGGCCGGAAGAGGAGGGGCGGGGACGAUUCCACCAAGGUCGCGUCCACCAGUGCUGGUGCUAAUCCUAAUUUGAAUGACUCCAUUUUGAAGAGGAUGAAAUCAUCAUCAAAACCCAAAGAUGAAACUUGUGGAUCAAUGGUGGAAACAGAGUCUACUUCUCCAGCAAUUGCCAACCAAAAUGAAGAAACUAAUAAUAAAAUGGAGCUGCCUAAAGAGUACAUCCAUGUCAGGGCAAGAAGGGGCCAAGCUACUGACAGUCACAGUUUAGCAGAAAGAGCUAGGAGGGAAAAGAUCAGUGAGAGGAUGAAGAUUCUGCAGGACUUAGUCCCUGGAUGCAAUAAGGUUAUUGGAAAAGCCCUUGUUCUGGAUGAAAUAAUCAAUUAUAUCCAAUCGCUACAAUGUCAAGUUGAAUUCUUGUCAAUGAAGCUAGAAGCAGUUAAUUGCAAGAUGAAUCCCACUUUGGAAGCAUUUUCUCAGAAAGAUCUCGAGCCUGCAACAACAUUUCAUCCACCCGGAAUGCUUUUCGACACACAACCCCCGGCAAGAGAUUACACACGAGAAACCCACCAGGAAUGGCUACAUAUGCAUCAGAUCGGUAACACCUUCGAGAAAGGGCUGUGACGAAUCUCGGUUUUCCUCCCAUCACUUAUUUGUGCUAUUAGAACUUUGAUAUAAUUGUACUUUUAGUGGUUAUGAAGUGUACUUCUUCUUCCACU